AGGGUUAGCGGUGCUCUGAUCCCGGAGCAACAUGGCGGCGUCCGUGAGAGGCUAGCUACGGGCCAAGAGAGGGUUGGGUGUUGUUUUCUUUCCGGAUAUUGACAGACUGGAGCUCUCCCGCGACCGAACGACCGAAAGGAAGUGUGAUAAGUGGAUAAGUUUAGGGGACCGGUCACCCGCGGUCCCUCCUCAGUGAGGAGCAGAGUCCUGAGCAUUGACCAGCAUGAGCAAUAUCUACAUCCAGGAGCCUCCCACCAACGGGAAGGUUUUGUUGAAAACUACAGCUGGAGAUAUCGAUAUAGAGUUGUGGUCAAAAGAAGCACCUAAAGCUUGCAGAAAUUUCAUUCAGCUUUGUUUGGAAGCAUAUUAUGACAAGACCAUUUUUCAUAGAGUUGUACCUGGUUUUAUAGUCCAAGGGGGAGAUCCUACUGGCACAGGAACUGGUGGAGAGUCUAUCUAUGGAGCCCCAUUCAAGGAUGAAUUCCACUCAAGGUUGCGUUUUAAUCGGCGAGGACUGGUUGCCAUGGCAAAUGCUGGUCCUCAUGAUAAUGGCAGCCAGUUUUUUUUUACACUGGGUCGAGCAGAUGAACUUAACAAUAAGCACACCAUCUUUGGAAAGAUUACAGGGGAUACAAUAUAUAACAUGCUGCGACUGGCAGAAGUAGACACUGAUAAUGAAGAAAGACCACUUAAUCCACACAGAAUAAAAAGUUGUGAGGUUUUAUUUAAUCCUUUUGAUGACAUCAUUCCAAGGGAAAUAAAAAAGCUGAAAAAAGAGAAACCAGAGGAGAAAGUAAAGACAUUGAAACCCAAAGGCACAAAAAAUUUUAAUUUGCUUUCAUUUGGAGAGGAAGCUGAGGAAGAAGAGGUGGAAGUAAAUCGAGUUAGUCAGAGCAUGAAGGGGAAAAGCAAAAGUAGUCACGACUUGCUUAAGGAUGAUCCACACCUCAGUUCUGUUCCCGUUGUUGAGAGUGAAAAGGAUGAUGCAGCAGGAGACUUAGAUGAUGAUGAAGAAUUUGAGGGUGCAGAGAAUGAUGAAAGCAUUGACAGUGAUGAGAAGAACCUGAUGAGAGAAAGAAUUGCAAAAAAGUUAAAAAAAGACCCAAGUGCAAGUGUUAAAUCAUCUGGAGAGGGAGAAGGGGAGAAGAAAUCAAUUAGCCGUAGUGAAGAGCUCAGAAAAGAAGCAAGACAGUUAAAGCGGGAACUCUUAGCAGCAAAACAAAAAAAAGUAGAAAAUGCAGCAAAACAAGCAGAAAAAUCAAGUGAAGGAUGUCACAUGUACUUCAGUUUGAGGAUAAAAGCAGAAAAGUGAAAGAUGCAAGCAUGCAGGACUCGGACACAUUUGAAAUCUAUGAUCCUCGGAAUCCAGUGAAUAAAAGAAGAAGGGAAGAAAGCAAAAAGCUGAUGAGAGAGAAAAAGGAAAGAAGAUAGAAGGAGAAGACUGGCAAUCAGAACAAGUGAAAGUGUGCCUGCAGUGCGUGACCUCAGAACAGUCAUUGCUCCCAGCAGCACCAUUGAGGGCAUGGGAAGAAGUCUUUGACAUCUUGUCUGGUUUUGAAAACCAGUUAUCUUGUUAUAUAAAUUGUGGACUGACACAAACACAUCCUCUGGGUUACUGGAACAUACUUUUAUUCUGCAUUGACCUUUUAUAUUGUUAAAUGUGAAAUAAAAUCACUUUCUUUCCAGUUUUCAUGUUAACCGUUUGCAGACCGUGCAAGCCUACUUGUGCUUUUUUACCCCAAAAUAUGUGAAGGCUUCAUUUUUGAGAUUUUUUUUUUCUAAGAAAUUCCUGCAAAAAGAAUAUUUGAGGAAAACCUCUUCAGUAUUCUGUCAUCAGGAUACUAACUUUGGAAUAUAAUAAAAUAUAUAUAUGUAUAUAUAUAAUAUAAAGAUAGAUUUUUUUUCCACAUAAAUAUCUCAAAAUAGCCAAAUCAGUAGGACUCAGUAGCCCAUACCUUAGAUUAUGAAGAACACCCACGUGACUGUCCACAUCUGCAUCAAGGUUAACACCUGGGUUGUACUGAUGCAGUCAAGAAAACAGCUACUGUCAGUCCAGCUCACUGCACACCCUGGCCUGACCCUGGGCUGCCUGACCCCGGCCACCUGCCCACUCACCUCGCACAGUAGCCGCAGGAGACAUGCAGGGGCCCCAUUCUGGCAGAGCAGCUCAUUGAGAAGUCAGCCUUUGAUGGCACUCACUCACAUGGGUUAUUUACUACAUAUUAUCUAUAUUUAGUCAGGUUUUUAUUCCUAGAAUCGGAAUGCUAAAAUUAUACCACAGGCUAUACUAUCAGUUACCUCACAAAACCUCACCAGAGACAUCUUUUCAGAUAGUGUCUCAUCAGCUUGCUCUCUCUCAAAUGUCAUCCAAUAGGCUUUUUCUAAGAACACUAGUUCUCAAAAUACAGUCCCAGACAUUACAGCAACAGCACAUGGGGACAUGUUAGAAAUGCAGAUUCUUGCUGCACUGCCCUUCCCCCCGCUCCUCCCCCCUUCCGAAGGAAUGAAGUCGAAACUUUGAACCCCUGAGAGCUUGUUAAUCCUGGCCUCACUGCAGGUGAUCCAGUGCUUGGAAUUGGCAGUACCUACUAACGUUAAAGAUGUGCCUACCCGUGAUUCAAAAUAUUUAAUCCUAGGUCUGUGCCUUAAAGAAAUGCCCACGCAUUGCUCAAGGAGACCUGUACUGAGUAUACACUGAAGUGUCAACCAAAGAAUUGAUAAAUGAGUGUUGUAUAUCCCUACUAUCAAAUACUUUGUAGUGGUGGAGAUCAAUAAACCAGCUAUGUGUAUUAGCUUAUCUUAAACAUAAUAUGAAAAAGGAGACCAUCUGUUCAAAAAUUUAAAAUGCACAACACACCAUUAUAUAUUGUUUAUGGAUAUACACAUGUGUAGCA